AUGAAAGACCCCGUCACGGCGGUUACCGGAAUCACCUACGACCGGGAAAGCAUAGAGCAUUGGCUGUCGACGGCGGAGGACGUGACAUGCCCCUACACAAAGCAGCCAUUGCCUAGAGACUCGGAAUUGACACCAAACCACAUGCUUCGAAGGCUAAUCCAAGCAUGGUGCAUUGAAAAUGCUAAGAACGGAAUCGAUCCAAUCCCCACUCCAAAAUCUCCUCUCAACAAGUCUGUUGUUCUUAAACUCCUUCGUGAGCUUAAUGCUCCUCAAGUUCACGUAAGCACUUUGAAGAAAAUCGAUGCAAUCGUGAACGAGAACGAAAAGAACAGGAAGUUCAUGGAGGAAACAAGUGGUGCAACCAAAGCAAUGGUUUUGUUCUUCAUAAAAUGUUUUAAGGAAGGAAGAACUGAGGGUCUCGAGGAAGCUCUGAGGAUUCUCCAUCUUAUCUGGAGUCCAACGAACGAUAAUAAACAGAUCGUGAAAGAAAACUUCGAUCUUGUUCAAUCCAUUAUAUGGAUUUUACAGACUGACAUGGAUAAUCAUGUUACAGUGAAAAUCCAUGCAGUGGCCGUCUUGAAAAUGGUUGUUGAAUAUGCAAGUUCGUGCCUGUUAGAGCGAUUAAAGCCCGAUUUCUUCAAAGAAACUGUAAAGAUUUUGCAAGAAAACAUCUCUCAACAGGCAGUUAAAUCCGUCUUGCAAGUACUAAACGAGGUAUGCCCAUGGGGAAGAAACAGAAUCAAAAUUGUAGAAGCGGGCGCAGUAUUUGAGCUCGUGGAGAUGGAAUUACAAAAACCCGACAAGAAUAUCACCGAGUUGAUCUUCUGCCUGUUGGCUCACUUAUGUUCUUGUGCUGAUGGGAGAGCACAACUUCUUAAUCAUGCUGGUGGUAUUGCAAUGUUGGCCAAGAGGACUCUAAGGGUGUCUCCAGCCACGGAUGAUAGGGCAAUCCACAUACUCGCAUUGAUCGCGAAAUUCUCAGCGACACAAGAGGUUCUUUCGGAGAUGUUGAGGGUGGGAGGAGUGGCAAAGCUUUGCAUGGUGAUUCAAGCAGACUGUGCUGCUUAUUUGAAGAAGAAAGCAAGAGAGGUACUCAGGUUGCACUCUAAGGUGUGGAGCAACUCUCCUUGUAUAGAUGUCUAUCUCUUAACAAGGUACCCUAGAUAG